CAACUACACUAAUCAAUCAGUCUCGUUCACAAAUUCUCUGAGAGAGAAAAAAUAUCGUGGCUGCUUCUCUUUGCCGGACUUGCAAAAACCUCUGAAUUUUGAAAACAAGCACCAGCAAAUGCAAAAUAUACAAACAGAGUAUAAACCACAAUUGUUAUUAUAAUCAUAUAUAGAAAGGAUACCAGUCAACUUGAGAAAAUUUAAUCAUGUUCAUAUCACCACGUAAAAAGUUUUAGACACUGUUGGAGAUAGAUAUAUAUAUAUAUUAAUAUUCCACUUUUGGUAGUUUUUAGGAAGAAGAAGCUUUCUAUUUCAGCCAAGUUUUUUGGUGGCUCUCUGUUCCGAGCUUGCAGGGGAUUUGGUGGGCUUGCUUGCUAUUGUUACUCUGCCUGGUGCUUUGAUUCAAUGGUCACUUCACCAGAAGUUAUAUAUAUCCAUUGAGUGAAGUGCAAAUGGAUGGUUUUGAGAGUUUGGUAGAUAAAAUGGCUGCAAAGGGUGUGGUGAGGAAUGAAAAACUUAAGCAACUGGAGGGUCCAAAUUUAUUGGAGUCACCAGUGUGCACAUUGGGAAUGGGAAGGAGCAAUUGGCCCGAGAGCUCGCCUAGCAAUUGCAGUGUUACAAUGGAGGGAAAGGAUUUGAGUCGAUGCGUAACUUCCUCAUCUGUAUUUGAGCCGCCCUGUAAGAGCUCUGGUUCCAUAAAUGGCACGGGGCUUGUGGUUGAGGAUAUGACGUUGAAACAUCAUAGGAAACCAAAUUCAGCUUUACUUAGUCCUAGUCAGGAAUGUUGGCAAGAUCCCGAUCCGGCAGCAAGUGGAUUUAGAAGUAAGAAUUUUCAUGGUGAUACUAUGUCACAGGACAACGAUCAGACACAGUUGAGAGUAAGAGGUCAGCUUUUAGAAAUGCCUUCUCGCAUACGAAGUCUGAAGCCUUUGUUAAGCAAUCACUCAGAGCAGGAACCAGACAAACUGUCUGCAUAUUUAGGGGUUGAGGACAGCAAGAUCAUGUCAAACAAUAUGCUAAGUAUCGCCAAAAAGCAACUGAAGACCCAAUCUACUAAUAGCCAUUCUCAAUUACUUGUAAAGGAAACCUUGAAGGGAAAGAGUGUCAGUAAAUUUCAAGAACCUUGCAGUGGCUUUGGUAGUUCAGCUACGGACCAGAAGGAAAAAAACCUGGGUUAUGGUUCUGAGGUAGCUUGUGAUGCACAGUUGAAAUCAAUUGUUAACAGUGAUCAGAUUUCUUCACAUGUGCUUGAUAGGUCUGGCCCAAAAUCUACCAGUAAUGGGAUUUGCUUGAGGGAGUGGCUUAAACCUGGGGGUCACAAAGUAGAUAUAGUUGAAAGCCUGCUCAUAUUUAGACAGAUUGUGGAGUUAGUGGAUUUUGCACACUCUCAAGGUGUCGUCUUGCAAGACUUACGACCAUCGCGCUUCAUUUUAUUUCCAUCGAAUAAGGUUAAAUACACAGGUUCAUCAGCCAUCCGAGAAUCAAAUAGUCUUAUGAACCGAGAUUUGAUUAUCAAAAGGCCAUCAGAGCAGGAUGCAUGUGCUGAACGUAUUUUACGUGGAAAACAGCUAAAACUGAGUGAGGGUAAUGAGGAAAAGUUUUGCAUAGCUGGUCCACAAAAUUCUGGCUAUGGUGAACUCCAGUUUCAAAUGAAUUCGAGCUACCAAAAAGCAUUGGUUGCCGUACAGCAAAGAUCCAUUUCAGUAAUUGUUCAGUUAGAAGAGAAGUGGUAUACCAGUCCAGAGGAGCUCAAUGAGAGAGCUUCCACACUUUCAUCAAAUGUCUAUUGCCUUGGGGUUCUUCUUUUCGAGUUGCUGUGCCGUUGUGAAUCAUGGGAGGUACAUUGCGCGGUGAUGUUGGAUUUGCACCAUCGAAUUCUGCCACCAGAGUUUCUUUCACAAAAUCCGCUGGAAGCUGGCUUUUGUUUUUGGCUUCUCCAUCCUGAACCUUUGGCUCGUCCAACAACAAGAGAAAUCCUGCAGUCUAAACUGAUAGGUGGAUACCAAGAAUCGGCUUGCUGUGAUGAUUUUCCAAAUUCUGCUGAUAAUGUUGAUGCUGAAUCAGAGCUAUUAAUUAGUUUUCUUAUCCCAUUAAAAGACAAGAAGCAAGGGUAUGCCUCUAAGUUGGUGGAAGUUAUAAGAUGCCUAGACGAAGAUAUAAACAAGUUCAGGAGGAGGCAUUUAUCAGGGGAAUUUCCUAGUGAAAGAGAACAGGAGUUCUGUCUUGAAGACCCUGUAAGUUCAGGUGUUUCUUCUCGAUUAAUUGCAGCAUCAAACAUGAAUGAGACGCUCUUGAUGACGAAUAUCAGUCAACUAGAGGAUGCUUACGCCUCCACAAGAUCCCAAAUGGGGAAAACAGCAACUGCUCCUGUAGCAUGCUCUGAUAAGGAGGUGUUAAACAAUCGAUACAGGUGGUGUCAUGCGCGAAAUUAUACUCUGGAUUCGAGCCUCAAUCAGAAAUCAGGUGAUCGGCUUGGAGCCUUUUUUGAUGGUGUUAGCAAGUUGGCUCGCCGUAGCAAGUUUGAAGUACGUGGGACAUUAAGAAAUGGAGAUCUUCUCAACUCUAGCAAUGUGAUUUGCUGUUUAAGUUUCGACCGUGAUGAGGAGUUUAUUGCUACAGCUGGAGUAUCAAAGAAAAUCAAGAUCUUUGAUUUUGCUGCGCUUGUAGACAAUUCUUUGGAUAUCCAUUAUCCUGUAGUUGAGAUGCCAAACAAAUCUAAGUUGAGCUGUGUUUGCUGGAACAACUACUUUAAGAACUAUCUAGCAUCAACAGAUUAUGAUGGGGUUGUACAGAUGUGGGAUGCAUCUACUGGUCAAGGAUUUUCUCAGUAUGUAGAGCACCAAAGGAGGGCUUGGUCUGUCGACUUUUCUCAAGCUGACCCAAAAAAGUUUUCUAGUGGAAGUGAUGACUUUUCUGUGAAACUGUGGAGCAUCAAUGAGAAAAAAUCAAUAGGCACAAUCUGGAGCCCUGCUAAUGUCUGUUGCGUUCAGUUCUCUGCAUACUCUUCCAAUCUCUUGGUUUUUGGAUCUGCCGAUUACAAGAUCUACGGCUAUGAUCUUCGCCAUACUAGAAUCCCUUGGUGCACUUUACCUGGUCAUGGAAAAGCUGUUAGCUAUGUAAAAUUUGUAGAUGCUGAAACCCUUGUUUCUGCAUCCACGGACAACACUCUGAAGCUUUGGGAUCUUAACCAAGCAAUCUCAACUGGGUUGUCCUCCAAUGCCUGCAGCUUAACUUUUAGUGGUCAUACUAAUCAGAAGAAUUUUGUUGGUUUAUCCGUUUUGGAUGGAUACAUAGCAUGCGGCUCAGAAACUAACGAGGUUUACAGUUAUUACAGAAGUCUACCCAUGCCAAUCACUUCACACAAAUUUGGAUCAAUUGAUCCUGUUUCUGGAAGUGAGGUUGGUGAUUAUAGUGGGCAGUUUGUCUCGAGUGUCUGUUGGAGAAAAAAGUCCAACAUCGUUGUUGCUGCCAACUCAACUGGAACUUUGAAAUUAUUGCAGAUGGUAGAUCAUCACUGUUGAAGUCUUGCCUGCGUUAAGCUCAACGGAUUCCUUGAAUAAAUCGUUCCGCUGCAGAGGACAAACUUUAAAGGUCUAGGAGAGCUCAGAAUCUGAGGCAUGUCCAGAUGAUGUUCUCCGUAUUCUUGGACUCAUCGCCAUUAGCUGGCUUUCUGAACUCAUUCUCAGACUAAUACUACGGCCACAAGGGCUCAUCUGUGGAGGUCUGACAGACCGUCCUCUUGGUGUUCCUGUGUAACCAAAGGCAGAAGACGUCAGUGCACUGGGGCAUAAAAGAAAUAAUCCUGUUUUCUAAUGUCUAAAAAUCACAUUACUCUCCUUUUCUAGUUGUGCGUAAAAGUAAAGGGGAAGUUUCAUGCUAUAAUAAUAGAGUUUGUUCAUUGCCAAUGCAUAUGAUUCUCUGCUAGAAAAUGUAUAACAGGUGCAAGGAUAGUGAAACAGGCAGAAGGUAGAAUCAUAUUAAUAACAUUUGAAACCAUAUUACUUGGUGCAAUCAAUCACAACAUGUGUAUGCUAUAUUCAAAGUACUAA